AAACACGAGCAGCGUUAGUCUCGCGCAGCACAUUGCACGGUGUACUUCAUAAGUGUUGACAAGUAAGAUUAAAAAAAACUGUCUCGUGUUAAAAGUCUGUGAGAAGACCGGGUUUGACGCGAAUUAUUCUAAUAGUGUGUUUUAAAAACCACUAUACCUUGUAUACAUAUAUAUAGAAAUAUAGACACUUGACGUAUAACAUAUGCGUUUAAUUAGGUGAACAAAUUCUACGAAUAGAUGAAUAGAAGAGGAAAAAAGAUAAUUUUUUAAAGUACAUUGCUUAAAGAGAAAGAAAGAAAGAAAGAGAGGGGGGGUCAGAUACAGUUAGAAAGACAAUAAAGUAGACGUUAAAUAGGAGAGGUCUUGUGUUACGAACGCGCACAUUGCCUUUCAACUUUGUUUAUCUAUCGAUUUUUCUCGUCAAGAGAAGAGAACGUAGCCAGACAUAACGAUUCGUCAAGAGAGACAAAGCUACGAAGGUAAAGAAAGACAUAUUUGCACGUGUAGUAUAUGCGGUGAGUAUAUAUAAUAGAAGAUAAAAGAAGAAGAAGAAGAAGAAGAUGAAUUAUUAGUGAGAAUGAAAUAGAUUUGUCCGUUGAUGAAAUUUCAUCUCCCAUAUUAAGAAUUCCUAAGAACGAGGACAACACUAAUUUACUCAUCGUUGUGUCAAAUUGUCAUUAAAAGGGUAAAGCUUAUUAUUUCGGAGUAAUACUACGUACACGAAUUAAAUUCGGUUAAAGUAGACUUUACCAGUUAGUGAUCCCGCGCGCGCGAUAUAUUCAUUUCAUUUCGAAGAAGAAUAAUAAGAAGAGGAAUAGGAAGAGGAAGUAAAAGAAGAAGAUAGAAAAGGUAGAAGGGAGGAGCCGGUAGAAGAUUUCUCGCAUCGAGGGACUCGCCUAUGUUACGUUUCUUCGUCGAAUAAAUUCACGCAAUCACGGGAAUAACAAGAAGCUGACAUAGACAAAAUAUUUCUCCGUGGGGUUGUGUGUGUGUGAUAAAUAAACGAAACUAAGUGUUAAUAUAAAAAUAAAAUAAAAUAAAAUAAAAUAAAAUAAAAAAAUAUUUCAAGAUGAACAACAUGGAUUACAUGGAAGUAACUUGCCCGAAUUAUUCUUACGUAUUUAAUUUCGAAGAAAAGUUUAUGCAUCAGGAUACAAGAGCAUGGAUGAUGAAACAUUGGACAAGUGCAUUUUAUUAUUGUGGUAUAUAUAUGAUAUUAAUAUUUGGUGGUCAACAUUACAUGGCUAGUAGACCGAAGUUUGAACUACGUGGUAUUCUCACCAUAUGGAACACCCUCUUAGCAUCAUUUUCGAUCAUUGGAUUCACCAGAACGGCCACUGAAUUCAUUCACGUUCUCAGGAAUCAUGGACUAUAUUACAGCGUUUGUAUACCAAGUUUCAUCGUACAAGACCGAGUGUCGGGCUUUUGGACAUGGAUGUUCGUGUUGUCGAAGUUACCCGAGCUCGGUGAUACCGUGUUCAUUGUUCUACGUAAACAACCAUUAAUAUUUUUACAUUGGUAUCACCAUAUUACCGUGUUGCUAUAUUCAUGGUUCUCUUAUACGGAAUACGCAUCUUCAGCAAGGUGGUUUAUCGUAAUGAAUUAUUGCGUUCAUUCGUUGAUGUACAGCUAUUAUGCUUUGAAAGCAAUGCGUUAUUCGCCACCUAAAUGGAUCUCGAUGCUGGUCACGGGAUUACAAUUGUCCCAAAUGGUGAUGGGCUGUGCUAUCAACGUCUGGGCUUAUCAGUACCUGAAACAAGGACAGUCAGAGUGUCAUAUAUCACGACUAAAUAUCAGACUUAGCCUGGCUAUGUACUUCAGUUAUUUUGUCCUAUUCGCACACUUCUUCCAUAAGGCCUAUUUCAGCAGAGAUUCAAGUAAAUCAAGCAAGAACAAAUUGUAUACUAAUGGAACUAUUACCACGACUGAUGAUCACACGAUCGUAUCUACGAAAUACGCGAAUGGUAAACUGAAGGAAAAUUAAGAAGAGGAAGAAGACAAUUAUUAUUAUUAUUAUUAUACAACCAAAUUUUUGGUGGGAAGAAGAAAAAAGAA